UUCCUUUCUUUCUCAAGCUUUACAUACCCGGAAGAGGCCCUAUUUUUGGAAAAAAAAAAUCGCAUUUUUAAAUUCUUAAAAUAUUUAGUUCAACUUGAUAAACAGGGUACAUUAUCCUCACCCUUUUUGAGUUUCAUUGCUCUUGUUCUCUCCCCCUCUCUCUCUGUCCCUGUCCUCAGUCCUCCCCUAGUAUCAACUUCAACUAUCAAUACACUAUCCACACUCUUGUAUGCACAAAUCCACAGUUUCAUCUUCUUAAGUGGCUAACAAGCUGUGUGCUAGUCAUUAUUACGUAUUUUCAACACUCUCUGGUGCAGUAAGGUGAGCAAAGUGGAAGUGUUUUUGCUAUGGACUGGAAUUUGAAAGCACCUUCUUGGGAUUUGAGUGAAGUGGAUCAGGCAAACUUGACCAACAUGGAAACUAUGGAAGGGUCAAACAAAUAUGGAAUGUAUGGAACAAAGGGGGAAUUUUCUGUUGAUUUGAAGCUUGGCCAGGUUGGGAAUUCUGGCAUGGAAUCAGUGAUGAGCAAGUCCAAAGAUGGUGUUGGAGUGUCCAAAAUGGCAUCCUCAUCCUCAGGGUCAUCUAAGAGGGCUCGUGCCCUUAGCAAUGGGACACAAACAGUGUCAUGCCUUGUGGAUGGUUGCCAUUCUGAUCUCAGUAAUUGUAGGGACUAUCAUAGGCGCCAUAAGGUCUGUGAAGUCCACUCCAAGACUGCACAGGUCACAAUUGGAGGCCAGAAACAAAGGUUCUGCCAACAGUGUAGCAGGUUCCAUUCACUAGAGGAAUUUGAUGAGGGGAAAAGGAGCUGCAGGAAGCGGUUAGAUGGGCACAACCGACGGAGAAGAAAGCCCCAACCAGAACCUCUAACGCGCUCUGCUAGUUUUUUGUCCACUUACCAAGGCACCCAGUUGCUACCUUUUUCAAGUUCACAUGUGUACCCUUCCACUACUGUGGUGAAUCCUACUUGGGGUGGAGUUGUUGGUGGUUCUGGUGAUGUUAGGCUUCAUGGGCACAACCAACACCAACAAUUGCAUUUGGUUGAUAAACAGGACCUUUUUCUUGGGUCUUCUUCUCCAACCGGUUAUAAAGAAGGGAAGCAAGUCGCGUUCAUGCAAGGUGACCAUACGCAUGCCAUGAACAGCCAAAGCCCACAUCUGGGAGCUGGUUCGGCGGGCCAGGCCCAGAUGUUUCUUAGGACGAGCCCGUACUCGGAAAGCGGUGGGCUGAGAUGCAAAAUGUUCAGUGAUAGCCUUACAAGUUCGGUCCACGACUCCUCUCGUGCUCUCUCUCUUCUGUCAUCACCUCAGCCGCACAGUCCUGGAAAUGGGUUAAACCAAAUGGUGAACCCCCACUCGCCGCUUAUGCAGCCAUUGGGCCUCAGCCUGCACGAUAACAGCUUGGACCCCGUUUUGGGCCCCACUGGGAGUGACCACUCUUCCUCCAUGUAUAACUUAGCUUCUAAUGGAUCCCAGGGGAAUGAUGCCCCUGCACUAUUUCCCUUCCAAUGGGAAUAGACACUACAUACACUCUUUUAUUAUAUGCUUCCCUCGUACUAUUUAACUUAUCAAUUUAUCUUUCAUCCACCCAUUUUCAAAAAUGCUCUCCAUUUUUUCAUGUCA